AUGGACGCCCAGGAGACGCGGGGGACAGAUCCUGCUCGUCUCCUCAAAGACAUUCCAGAAGAUGUAUUGCCUCAGGGUCUCCCAGAAGCCAGGUCGGAGGAGUCCGUGACUUUCAAGGAUGUGGCCGUGGACUUUACCCAGGAGGAGUGGGGCCAACUGGACUCCCCCCAGAGGGCCCUGUACCGGGAUGUGAUGCUGGAAAACUACCAGAACCUUCUCUCUCUGGGGCCUCCGGUCUGCAAGCCAGACGUCAUCUCCCACCUGGAGCGAGGCGAGGAGCCAUGGCAGGCUCCCAGAGACGGGCCUGUGGGGCCGGAACCGGGAUGGGAACCCCGGCCUGCAGUGGAGGAGACGCUUGUUUACAAGGAAGAGCCGCCCUGGGAGCCGAUCUCAGACGGGCCGGCAAGGUCCAGUGUGCACAACCCCGGCUUCAGCAGUGAGUGUCCCUGGGGGUGCCUGGCGACUGCUCUGGCCCAAGGCGAAGCCGCCUACGCAGGUGCUGGGUCUGCCGAGGAGCGCCGGCAGGGCCGCUAUGAGUCCAAGGAGGCACUUGGCCUGCAGAGCGCCCUGCCGGCCCAGCCCAGCCUUCCUGCGGAAGGAGCCUCUCCAGAAAGCCAGCCUGGGAGGGUGCGGUCCACCGGGGCCAGGAGCCGGCGCCGGAGCCAGGGUGCGGGGAGCGGCCCAUUCGCCUGCGGCGAGUGCGGCAAGGCCUUCCAGCGGAGCGCGGCGCUGGCGCUGCACCAGCGCUGGCAUGCGCGGGAGAAGACCUACAAGUGCAGUGAGUGCGGCAAGGCCUUCAGCUGGAGCACCACCCUCCUGGAGCACCGGCGCGUGCACACCGGCGAGAAGCCCUUCCUAUGCAGCCAGUGCGGCAAGGCCUUCAGCUGCCACUCGUCCCUCAACGUGCACCGGCGCGCACACACCGGCGAGCGGCCCUACAAGUGCGGCCAGUGUGCCAAGGCCUUCAGCUGCAGCUCGCUGCUGGCCAUGCACCUGCGCGUGCACACGGGGGAGCGGCCCUACCGCUGCGGCGAGUGCGGCAAGGCCUUCAACCAGCGGACGCACCUCACGCGCCAUCGCCGCGUGCACACGGGCGAGAAGCCCUACCGCUGCGGCGCCUGUGGCCGGGCCUUCGCCUGCCACUCGUCGCUGACAGCGCACGAGAAGCUGCACAGCGGGGACAAGCCCUUCCGCUGCAGCGACUGCCAGAAGGCCUUCAGCAGCCGCUCGCGCCUGACGCUGCACCAGCGCGCACACACCGGCGAGCGGCCCUACAAGUGCGGCCAGUGCGCCAAGGCCUUCAGCUGCCACUCGUACCUGGCGGUGCACCAGCGCGUGCACAGCGGCGAGAGGCCCUUCCGCUGCGACGAGUGCGGCAAGGCCUUCAGCUCCCACUCCUACCUGAUCGUGCACCAGCGCGUGCAUACGGGCGAGAAGCCCUUCGACUGCAGCCGCUGCUGGAAGGCCUUCAGCUGCCACUCGUCGCUCAUUGUGCACCAGCGUGUGCACACCGGCGAGAAGCCCUACAAGUGCGGCCAGUGUGGCCGGGCCUUCAGCCAGAACCACUGUCUCAUUAAACAUCAGAAGACCCACUCGGCGGAGAAGCCCUUCAAGUGUCACGAGUGCGGCGAGGUGUUCGGCUGGAGCGGGCCUCUGGCGGAGCACCGCAGGCUCCAUGGAGGGGAGAAGCCCUUCACUGUCCAGUUGGACCAGCGCUUGCUGAGCACCUACUACGUGCCCGGCGGCCUGCUGGGCCCAGGGGCCUCGGGCGGGAGCAACGUGGGCCGGGUCGAUGCCCUGGAUGUGGCUGGGUUCCUGGGUGUGGCCCCACCCUCGGCCAGCAGGACUUUCCCGCUUGGGAGCAACCCCGGAAAUUAA